AUGCCUCGCUACACCUGUGUGCGUGGACAUAGGUAUGUAAUCUGGUGUCGCGACGAGAUAUACUUGUGGUUCGACUUGUGUUCUUUCACGCGUUGCCAACAAGAGAGCCUAUCGAUAAUAUCCAGCGCGCGCGAGUUCCCGUAACGUAAUUACCGCGUGAUUGCUCCGGUAGUUAGAUCUGAGAUUAUUAUUACGGACUGUGGAUUUUGUCCUGUGACAUCUUCCCAUUUUAUUAUUCUCUUCUUCCACAAAAAUGCCCGCGAAUGUUUCACCGAUUACAAGUUUGCGUUUGCACGCGAUUUGUAAGAAGUAGAAUCUCGCAAAAACACGAUUAUUGCGUGACUAAUUAUAUAGUGCAUUCUGUUUGCAUCUGUUGCGAACAAACACCGGAGAACGAACACGUGACGUUCUCCUCGUGCGCGCACGAGGACGACGCGAACGUCGCUCUUUCGCGCGAACAUCGACACUAUGGCGAGUUAUAGGGAUUUCGAGACCGACUGGUCCAUGCUCGGCUUUGACACUGAGAGUUGGACGCCGAACGAUCUUCAAUUGGCGGCGGAGCUCGGCAAGACUCUACUGGAACGAAAUAAGGAGCUGGAGAACAUAAUCAAGCUACAUCAGUCUACCGUGGAAGAGCAAGCGCAAGAGAUUGAGUAUAUGAAAAAACAGACUGCCGCGUUGAAGGAAGUGAAUAAUACGCGGCUGAAAGUCUACGAGCAGCUGGAGGUUAGCGUGCAGGAUCUGGAACGUGCAAAUCAUCACCUGGUGAUCGAGAAUACGAGCGAUAAGAAGCUGAUCAAAAGCCAAUCUGUGACUAUCGAAAAUCUAGAAAUAAGAUGUGAGGAAUUACAAAAGAAGAUUGACGACUUGACCGAACAGUUACGUCAACAAGCAGUAAACUAUCCAUCUAGGAAUAAAGAUAUUGCGCAGGAACAAGAUGCUGAUUGGAAGGCUUUGGACACGCAAGGUGGCAGCGAGAAACAGAGAGCUGCCCCAAGCUCACCGAGGCCCUGCCAAGAGACAACCAAACAUGUCGCGAACACGGCGAACGACGACGAGAUGAACGAGUUGCGGAGACAAUUGCAGGACGCUCGGAACCAGAGAGCUAGAGAACAGAAGAAGGUGUCCGAGCUCAGUCAGCAACUGACCAGUUUGUUGCAGGAAAACAGCGCGUUGGAGGAGCAAUUAGCAGAGUGGCGUAACAAGGCGCAGGAUGUGAAGAGUCUGCAGGAUGAGAUCAAUACCCUGGAGGAAGUCAGACGAGGUCAGUUGUGCGGACGCUGUUUGCGGGGUAUGAACACGAGGACACACGACGAACUCUCCAUCAUGUUGGACCAGGAAGAGUAUGACGACAUAAGCAUGGCUGAGUCAUUAGUCAACGAGAAUCCACGCGACUCCGAUUCAACGGUGCAGGACGUAGGCAGAAAGAACGAAGAUACGGACGAACUGGAUAGUACGAACCCUUACCGAGUUCUGGUAGAGAAGUAUCAGGCCUUGUUAGAGGUGCAGAGGCAUUGUCAGCCGCGGCGCAAGGAUACCACGCCCGCGACGUGUAUGUCCUUGCAGGAGGAAUUGGUAAUGUCCGGGGAAUUCAACAAUUUCUAUCCCGCCGCAUCGGACGCCGAAGUCGCCAACGCUCCGGAAAACACAUCCAAGACGGUCUCGCAAGCCAAACCCGAGACCGGCAAAAAACCCUUCUCCGCAACUCCGACGGAUUUCUCCGAGGCCGAGACGUCGUCCUCGGGUUUCUCAGAUGAGACUAGCAACAAAGCAACACAGACGGACGGUAGGCCGGGCUCAUUUCUGUGCUCGAUCGCCGACGGCGAGGACUGCAAGUUCAGCAUUUACGACGACAAUAGCCCAUUUGAGAGUAGAUUCCGCAAGACGCCCGAAUAUCGACAGCUCUUUAGCGAGAUUUUCAGUGUGCUGAAACGAGCGGCCGAGGCGAAGGACGAAGGCGAAAAACUGCCGUUGCUGGACGAUUCCGCCAUAUCGCAGACGACGCUUGACACAUCGUUACAGGAGGAUCAGCACAGCGAAGCGACUGAUGAUAAUCAAAGUGUCAUGUCGUCUAUGGUAUCGUCGGUAGUCUCAGAACCAGUCUUCAGAAUGCAACCUACCAGUCCUCCCAGCAACGUUAAGAACGGUGAUAACCAACAGCCUGACAAUAACAAAUCCAGCGGCACCGUUGCCAACAAACAAGACGCAAAGGACAGUGGCUGCAGAAUGGACUACGUGUCUCUCAACUUGCGUGUGCGCAAGAAGUCUUCGGCGAAAAAGAACGGCGCCAAGAAGACAUAUUACAACGACCGGUCAAACACACCGGACGUUAUUCCCACGACAAAUCCGAAGUUCGUGCCGCCCAAGUCCAACAGCGGCGGUCGAAGAAGAUUCAAGCCGUUCAAUCCAGCCGAACACGAAUAUUCUAAUACGUGGAACGGCCAGUACAACGGGUCCCCGAACCGACCGAGGCGGCAGCAUGCGUACACGCGCAGUUUAAGUGAGCAGCAGCAGCAGCAACAGCAUAAUAAUUACGAGUACAGGGAUUACAAACCCAGCACCGCGUCCGAAGAAGUGGCUCGGUUGAAGCGACUGGAGAUGUCCUAUGCAGAAGUUCUUCGCACACCGAAUAACAAAACCAGAGCCAACAAUCAUCAUCAUCAUCAUCAUCAUCAGCAGCAGCAUCAUCAUCAUCGUAGAAGCUAAACUGUCGAUUUGGACGGAGCGUAUGUAUAAGAUAUAGUUUUGUAUUCUGAUUGUAUCUCUCGACUCUAGAAAAUAAAGCUCAACGCGCUGGUUCGUAUCCAUUCGUUCCGCGAUGAGAUUUCAGUAUUGUUUCACAAUUGUAAAUAUAUUCGAGCGACGCGAAGUAGUCCCGAUCGUAUAUAGACAACCUGACUUAGGCACUAAUCGACGCGUCAGCUUUAGAUUUAAGUUCAUAAAUCAUAAAUUUUUACAUAAUAAUUUAAUUAAUUCUUGGAAUUAUCUGCCAUUGUCUACUCGAGUUUUUCUGUUGAUUCUCACGAUCUCCUGAUAUUUAUUUGGAAAUUUUUCAACUAAUUUUGGAGAUUUUUAAGUUAAAUAUUUUAAUUUUCUAGAUGUGAGGAAUAGCAAAAUGAAAAUAAAAAUUGUAAGAUUUUUAAAAUAUUACAUUUUUUAUUUAUUUCAUUGAAUUCUUCUUCCACGCGCGCAGUGAGCGUACUACGACGGCUAUCGUUAGUCGUUACAGAGAAGAGAGGAAAACUUAUUUAUGUGCCAUUUAUUCUCUCUUUCUCUCUCUCUUUCUCUUUCUCUUCGUGUCAAAAAUAUCAACAUUCCCCAGGAAUCGCACUCUAUUCUUUGGUAACAUACGUCUAUCUCUCAGAGAGGUGGGCCCUUAGUACAUGUCAGCAACAGCAGCAUGCGUGGUGUGUUAGCUUUUGUAUUUUCUAGGUAUGAAUAUUGUGAUCACACGUUGUACGUAUAAAUAAAUUCUUUAUCGCGUAUUA